AUGGACCAACAGGAGUCGGAGGAGGAGCAGUUUUAUAAGGUGCUGCAGGAAAACCUGCGAUAUGCGUUCACAAGCCCCAUGGCAGCGACGCAGGCAUUCCCCACGCCGUACUCACAGGGCACGCGACGGGAGAAGGAGGGGGAGGUUGAGGCCGGCAAGACACGCACGUCGCUGAACGACGUGAACGCGCAGCCGUCGAUGGUGUUGAAUUUUGAGAACUUCUCGAAUGAGCUGCUGCUGGAGGGUACGGAGCAGCUGCGGGAGCUGUUGCAGGAGUCGCCGGCGGGCGGGGGGCUGUGGCAGGCGAAGACGCCAGCCAAGACGCCAGGCAGGACGCCUUUGAAGUUUCUGCAGCAGCAGCAGCAGCUUAUGCAAAGCGGGCCGCAGCAGACGCCGCUUCAGAAUAUCGACAUCAACCACAUGCUCAACUCCGCGGGCAGGAGCGUGGCGUCGCCGUCCAAGCGGCUGUACGCGCUGACACCGCACAGCCGGAAGCUAGAGGUGGAGCCACCGUACAUGCGUGCGUGCGUGGCUUCGUCUAACAGUGCGCUGGCGGACUUCCAGCGGGCGCGCAAGGAGCAUGGGAGCACACUGAUGCGCACGCCGGUCGCGAAGAAGAGCCGUCCAGGCAAGAGGCCGGACAUGCUGGCGGGCGCUAUUGCCUCAUCUCCCUCCUUUGCAUCCGCACUGCUGCCGACUGCUCCCGUAGCGGCAGCGACGCCGGCGGCAGAGCCCAGCCUCGGAGACUCCGUGGCGUGUGACGGCGAUGAAGCGGAUGACCAGGACUGCUAUGGCUCCUCUCCGACUACCAUACAGCUCACGUCUUCGGUGACGAAGUCUGCGCGGGCACACCUUGGCGAGUCGCCACCCCUGGCCUCUCAGCGCGAGCCGGCCAUCGAUAACCGUCUUUUUGACAUUGCAGCGUCGCCGACCCCGAAGGUCCCAAAGCCCCCGCCCGUGGAGCCGCUGCGGGUCCCAGAGCUUCCGAAGCUCGGCUCCUUCAAAAGCGUCACGAGGCCCCAACUGAUACCUUCGCUUACGUCCCUACAGCCUGGCCAGCCCACACCGCUACCUGGCGCUCUAGCGUCCACCCUCUUCCUGGACGCCGCCAGCGUGCGUACUGCUGCGAAUCCGCCGCGGGACAAAGCUCGUGCCAAGACCUCCCAGCCGCAACACUCCAAGUUCCAAUUCAUAAUGACCAACGCAAAUUCCUUCACGCCCAAUGCCGACGGCACCACCAAGCGCCGCCUCAAGCGAUCUCAGUCUGCAGUCGCUCCAGAUGCGGCCCUCAGGCUCGGUACGGGCGGCAGUGCCGCUCACGCCUCCUCCAGCUCUGGCGCUUACACUAACAAGAAACGCAAAAAGAACUUCGCCAUGUCGCAGUAG